GCAGCGCGCGGGGGCUUGUGGGUGUGCGCGAGCAAGCAAAAUGGCGGACCUUGUGAACGAAGAGAAGGCAGCCAUAGCCCCGCCGGUGUUUGUCUUUCAGAAAGAGAAGGCUCCAAAGAGGUCAGCUGAUGGCUCGAGCGCUGAGGAUGGAGAAGAUUCAGACAAGGAAGACCUGUGCUACUGUCCCCCUGUGAAGCGGGAGAGGACGUCGUCCCUAACGCAGUUCCCGCCCUCACACUCUGUUUCCAAGAACAAUGUUUUCAUGCCUUCCAGUUUCUGUCAGUCUCCGACCGGAAACUCGGACUCAGAACCUGAGGAGAAGAUUGUUGGCUUUCGCCUGAAGCCUCCUACCCUGAUCCACGGUCAGGCGCCCAGUGCAGGCUGUGUUCCAGGGGUCCCCAGCCAGAAGCCCAAGGAGCAGCAGCGCAGCGUGCUCCGCCCCGCCAUGCUCCAGCCCCCCCCGCCCAAGGCCCCCGCUCAGCCCAACUCCAGCAGUGGGACCAACGGAGUGAGCAAGGCCUCGGACAUCUUAGAGGAGCAGCCGGUCCCCCAGAACAACCGGGAGAAUUCAGAGCCCGUGGCCGUGGAGACAGCCGCGUCUGCGAGCGGGCAGCAGGGAGAGGAGGCGAGCAGAGAGGGGAGGGGGAUUCUGGACUCCAGGGACUCGGCUGUUGGCAGCUCGUUUGUGUUCGGGCAGAACAUCAAAGAAAGAGCUAAGGUGGACGACAGCACUGCGCCCUCAGAGUGUAAAGAUGGCUGUCAGGUCUCAGAAUCGCAGUCAGGAGGAACGAAUUAUUUUCUACAGUACAUCAGCGCCCCCAGCUUGCAGAACGCCGCAAACAGCUGUGACUCGGGGGCGAAGUUCGUGUUUGGGCAGAAUAUGUCGGAGCGAGUACUGAGUCCCCCAAAAUCGUGCGACUCGUCAGCAGAUGAGGUGGGGGAGACCCCGGCAGUGACCACGUCACAGCCCUCCUCACAGGAGGCCACUCCCGAGAAGGCCAACAGCGUGAUGGAGUCCCUGGAGGAGUCGGCAGCAGCCUACACCAAAGCCACGGCCAAGAAGUGCUUGUUAGAGAAGGUGGAGGUCGUCACCGGAGAGGAGUCGGAGAGCAACGUCCUGCAGAUCCAGUGCAAACUGUUUGUGUUUGAUAAGACGUCGCAGUCGUGGGUGGAGAGGGGCCGGGGGCUGCUGAGGCUGAACGACAUGGCGUCCACGGACGACGGCACGCUGCAGUCCAGACUGGUGAUGCGGACGCAGGGCAGCCUGAGGUUGAUCCUCAACACCAAGCUGUGGGCCCAGAUGCAGAUCGACAAGGCCAGCGAGAAGAGCAUCCGCAUCACCGCCAUGGACACCGAGGACCAGGGCGUCAAGGUCUUCCUCAUAUCGGCGAGCUCGAAAGACACGGGCCAGCUGUCUGCCGCGCUGCACCACCGUAUCCUGGCCCUGCGCAGCCGCGCCGAGCAGGAGGCGGAGACCAAGGCCACGCCCCCGCAGGCUGAGGUGCCCCAGUCCAACGAGGAGGACAGCGACGAGGACAACGUCAUCGCCCCCACGUCGGGCUCCGGCCCCGCCAGCGGUCUGUCGGAGAGUGGAGAUCCCCAACACGCUGGGAGCACAUAGCGGCCCCUACCUUCAGGCGCCUGCCGCCGGGAUACUGCUGUUCUUUGUGUGCAGGCAUCUCCGUGGACACCCCAGACCAGCCUGGCAUUGGAUAAAUAGGAAUUGGGAACGGUGUCCUGCUCCAGGAAGGACCCUGUGAAGGUGUCAGUCAGCUCUGUUGCAGCUUUCCUCUGCAGUCAGUCAACCUGGAGCAUUUUUUUCUUUUUUGACUUUUUUUCUUGACUGCAAAACUACAAAUCUUUUUUUUUCAGCUUGGUCUGGGACUCGAAUGCUCAUCAUAUUGAUGAGUAGGAAGGGGUCUCCAUCCCCUCCCAUUUAAGGUGUGGCACAUUUUAAGACAGUUUAAAAAAAAAAAAAAAAAAAA